UUUCACAGAGUCAAAUCGAGAAGGAGCGUGAUAACUAAGAAAUAGUGUAUUGAGAAACCGUUUCGGGAUGGCAUCGCUGGUGAAUAGUGUUCGAGGCUUGACUUGCCGGAAUACGUCGCUGCUCCGCUGCAUGCUUUUGCGAUCGGUGUCUUCUUCGGCCACCGCGGUGCGAAGAGAUCGGUGUAAUCAGAAGAUUUUGACAGCCCCGGCCGGAGCUCCGCAUCCUGCGCUGCUCUCCCCCUUUGAGCCGAAACAAAAUGGUCAAUGGCAACUAGAGAUAAUUAGAAAAUACAGUGCUAAAGAACCGCUGACGCUUCAGCUCAUCAAAGAACGGGUUCUUCUGGUGCUCAAGCUAUACGACAAAGUAAAUCCAGAGAAGCUGUCACUGGAAUCGCACUUUAUUAACGACCUCGGACUAGAUUCGUUGGAUCAUGUUGAAGUGAUAAUGGCCAUGGAAGACGAAUUUGGAUUUGAAAUUCCCGAUGGCGAUGCAGAAAAGCUUUUUAGACCUGCCGACAUUGUCCAGUACAUCGCUGACAAAGAGGAUAUCUAUGAAUAAGAUGUUCAUGUGGAGCUGCUGUAGAUGCUAGUUUGACAAACCGAAGAAUGGAGGUGAAAAUGAAAAUCAGAUACGAAGUAAAACUUCGGGCAAAAGCGUGCUAUAACAAAAAAGGAACCAAGUAGAAGUAAAACAUAAACUUCAAACGGUACAACUAGCCGCAUAUAGAACAUAACAACAUAACUAAUGAAAUAUAAGAAGUCCCCGUAAUGCAGAGUCCUUUAGAAAGACAACAAUUAAUACAAUAAAAUGUAUCUGAUGUAUCACCGAUCCCGUCAAAAUAAUAUCUUAGCACCGAAGUCGUUUUUAUUUCUUUACAACCAG